CUGUAUUCUGAUGGUAGUACUCGUUAUUUUUCUGGUAUUUUUUUAGAUUAUAACGAUUAUCAGGAUCUUGUCCCAAGCUCUCUUGAGGAAGAAAGUUCAAUCACUCCUGGAACCGCUAAUCGUGCUUCGCGCCCUCAAGAUUGUGGGGGCGCAGAUAGCGCCCCGUCGAUAGAGUUCGAUGCCCUCGUCAUUGAUGAUAUUGGCAACCCACUUCAAGGCACUCUUAACUCGACUUCAUCCGCCUUUCAAGCAUUUGGGUCCGAUGAUGGGUCAGAUGACUUCGCAGAAUUCGAUUUUAGUUCUUUGGCAAAACUAACUGGGAGUCAUAAAUUUGCCACUGUGUCACCGGGAUCUAUCAGACAGCUAAACUCUGUUCCUUCCAUCCCGUUAACUGAAGAAAGAGCCAAGGUCGAUAUGUUAGAACGGAACUCUCGUCCUCUAAAGACUCCUGAUGAGAAGUCAUCUGUUGAGUCUCCUGGUCUGCCUCUCGCUCAACCUGGAAGCGCUGCUACUCGCCCUCUAAAGGUUGCUAGUGAAGCCAAGGUCCCUCCACAACUGGGUAAACCUAUCGAUCGCUCCUCCCUGAUUCAAGCCUAUCAGAAGAAAAUUAACUCUGGAAAGGAGAAGGAUAUCAUCAAUCUCCUUGUAGUGGGUCAUGUGGAUGCUGGAAAGAGUACUCUGAUGGGGAAUGUGUUGUGUCAGUUGGGUCACGUUAGCGAGAAACAAUUGGCCAAGUAUCAGUGGGAGGCGCAAAAGAUUGGAAAGGCAUCCUUUGCUUACGCUUGGGUGCUUGAUCAGACGUCGGAGGAGAGGUCGCGUGGCAUUACCAUGGAUAUUGCGCAGAUGGCAUUUGAGACCCACUCCAAGAGGGUGGUUCUCCUGGACGCCCCGGGCCAUCGAGAUUUCGUGCCACAAGUGAUUGGCGGUGCGGCCCAAGCAGACGUCGCUCUACUGGUGGUCAAUGCCACCUCGGGUGAGUUUGAAACAGGCAUGGAACUAGCCGGAGGCCAGACACAGGAACAUGCACGUCUUGUGCGCCUUCUUGGUGUCUCGCGCCUUAUUGUAGCGGUGAAUAAAAUGGAUACGGUAUCCUGGUCUCAGUCCCGUUAUGAGGAGAUCCGUAUCGUCAUGAUGCGUAUGUUGAAGACCAUUAAUCAGACGGACGCAGUCUUCUGUCCAGUCUCUGGUCUCUAUGGUAUUAAUCUGCUGCAUUCAACUGACACUCCUCCAGAGAAAGACAUUCAACAUCUUGCUCCGUGGUAUAGUGGACCUUGCCUUCUGGACAUCAUCGACAGUCUGGACAAGGUGGAGCGGCCAGUGGAUGCACCAUUCCGCUUCGUCGUAAGCGAUGUCUUCAAACCAGUUGGUUCCUCAGUACCAGUAGUAGCGGGUCGAGUUGUUUCUGGAGCCGUAUCAGCGGGUGUAAACCUCGCUACCAGCAAGAUCAUUUGUCUCCCUUCUGGGCGAAUGGGUUCAGUUCGAUCGAUACGUUCGUUGGCAGCUGUUCCUAGCGGCGGUGGGGGUGCAACGAGUGCAUUGGAUAUCAUUUUGCCUUAUGCAUUCGCCGGUGAUCAAGUUGGUCUAAUGCUCUCUGGCCUCGAUCCGGAUCUUGCAUUGACUCCUGGCGACGUCAUCAGCGAUCCUGAUCCGCCUCUACCAUCUAUCACAACCAGUUUACGUGCGAAGGUUCUCGUCUUUGAUGUUCAUCAACCGAUAACGAAAGGAUAUCCUGUUAUAUUCUAUUAUCACUGCUCUUCAGUACCAGCUGUUAUCACAAAACUUCUGUCUGCGACGGUAAAAGACAAAGAUAGUGGCAAGAAAGCUAUUGUCAAACCGAGAUGCCUAUUUGGACGGUGCACUGCUGAAAUUGAACUAACCCUGGAAUCUCCUGUGUGUAUGGAAAUUUAUGAUGUCUGCAAACCGCUUGGUCGGUUUGUACUGCGAGUGGCGGGGGAGUCCAUUGCUGGUGGAACUGUCACUGCUACCUGGAAUGAAAGCAUUGGUUGA